CUUAUAAGGAAGUCGAAGGACAAACUAGAGGUAUUGGGGAACAAGCUCGCACUACUGGCAUCACAUUGCCCAAAAGUCCCCAUAUACCUCGUCCAAUAAAACCUCCAAGUUCCUAUAAAUUGAGAUCCAAGGUGUGGAUAGACUUCUAUAAGUUGAGAGAUGAGAAUGGUGCAGAAUGGGCCAUCUGUAAACAUUGUAAGAAGAGGUAUCGAGGUGAAAGCACAAGGGGAACUGCAAAUCUACUUAAACACUUGAGAAAUUGUCAGAAAAAGAGAGAAGCAGAACAGCGAACACCUAAAGAUCAGCCUGUUCCAUUUAUGGUGAUCGAAGCGGACAGCCUAGAGCAUUUUGAGUUAAUCGACAACAUAUUUUCACCUUCAUUGGACGAGACUAUAGAUCGCUUAAUGUCUAGUUCAAGAAAGCAACAGGGAAAUUCAGAACAUCAAAUGCCUAGACACCAGGCAGGUCCAUUUAAGGUGAUCAAAUCUACGAGUCCAGAGGAUUUAAAGUUAAUCAACUACAUUUUUUACUCAUCUUUGGAUGAGAGUGAGAUUGUUGUUCAUUGCAACCAUAAUUAUUUGACUCGGAGUCAAUUGCGCACACUAAGACCACAGACAUGCCUUGAUGAUAACGUAAUUUCUGUCAUGUCUGAUGCCCUAACCUUAGCUGAGAGGAGGAAGAAGAAAGGUUAUAUAAAUUGGUACCUUCCAAUUUUUUUUUCGGAGUGCGCAUAUGAUACAUCCGAGUGUAUCUCUUUUGCAAAGAAACACAUGUUCAGGGAGAAUUAUAUGUCUGCUCUGUUCAGCUGUGAGAAGAUGUAUGUUCCUGUCUUUGACAAGGAAAGAAGACACUUCUAUCUAUUUGUUCUGCAUAUGAAGAAGCAAGUUGUUGAGAUUUGGGACUCAUUAGCUAAAUCUAGUGGCAGUUCCGUCGACAAGAGAUUGCCUAACAUGUUGGCUAUCCUGGAUAUCCUAUUCGAAGAUGAUAUACAACAGAACUACCCUGAUGGCUGGUCUUUUGCAAGUUUUUCAGUGGACAGAUCACCGAAUGUCCCACAACAAACCAACGGAUAUGACUGUGGGGUUUAUGUUAUCAAGUUUAUGCUAGCACCAGAAGAAGCGACUCAACCUGAUUUUGUUUUCGACAGCGAUACGGAGAGAUUGGAUGUGGUGUUGAGAUUGCUCGAUGGUAAUGUCAACUCAUGCAGAAAUGAAUUGGCUGCUAAGGCUGAGGCAUAUUUUCUAAGAAGUUCAGGAACCAAUGACUCCUUAAGAAUAUAUGUCCAGAAUAAGGAUGAGGAGACAGCAAACAAAUAUAGCAUGCUGAAAGCAAUCAAUGCUAACGUAAACCCAGCAUUAAAUCAAAUGUGAAUUUCAAUUGUUGUAAACAACAUAGUGUGUUUGGUCUCUGGGGAUUAAAAUUGAUUACAGAGAACAGUCCAUACUUGCCUUGCCUCUCCUGAUUAAUGUCUUGCAAUAAUUCUUUCUAGGAACAUGUAAGCAUAUUUUCUGCUAUAGGAACACGGGCUCGUUGCUGGUUUUCAAGAAAUGUUUGCAUUAGAACUGUUGGGUCAAAUGUUUUCCCUUUCAGCCUCGCCAAUAUAAUUAAGGGUUUGGCCAAUCACAUAA